GUGAGGGAGGGGAGGCCUAGAUGAUUUAACCCGCGAGAGCCCCUGGUGGGAAGCCCUGGCUGGCGCCGGUGCGCGCGUAGUCCCCUGCUUGCCCAGCAGCUGCCACUUCCCCAGUGACCAUGAUAGGUACGUGGGUGCCUGCCAGGUACAGCCUCUGCGCCGCCCCGGGCCCAGUGUUUGUCCGAUUCAACUCCAGCCAUGGUUUCCCAGUGGAGGUUGAUUCUGAUACCAGCAUCUUCCAGCUCAAAGAACUGGUUGCUAAGCGACAAGGGGUUCCAGCUGACCAACUGUGUGUGAUUUUUGCAGGGAAGGAGCUUUGGAAUGACUUGACAGUGCAGAACUGUGAUCUGGAACAGCAGAGCAUCGUUCACAUUGUGCAGAAGCCAGGAAGGAAAGAUCAGGAAAAAAAUCCACCUGGAGGGGACAAGACCAGAAAUACUUUGGGAGCCUCUUCCAGGGAAACCAAGAGCUUGACCCGGAUGGACCUCAGCAGCUCUGUCCUGCCAGCAGACUCUGUGGGUCUAGCUGUCAUUCUGGACACUGACAGCAGGAAUAAUUCAGCAGCGGUCAGAAACCCAGGUGCAGCAACCUACAACAGCUUCUAUGUUUACUGCAAAGUCCCUUGUCAAAGGGUACAGCCAGGAAAGCUCCGGGUACAGUGUGCCACCUGCAAACAAACCACCCUCACCUUGGCCCAGGGUCCAUCUUGCUGGGAAGAUGUCUUGAUUCCAAAUCAGAUAAGUGGUGAAUGCCAAUCUCCAGGCUGCCCUGGGACCACAGCAGAAUUUUUCUUCAAGUGUGGAGCACACCCAACCUCCAACCAGGACAAAUCAGUGGCUUUGAAUCUAAUAACAACCAACAGCCGGGACAUCACUUGCAUAGUGUGCACAGACAUCAGGAGCCCUGUCCUGGUUUUCCAGUGUAAUCAUCGCCAUGUGAUUUGCUUAGACUGUUUCCACUUGUACUGUGUGACCAGACUCAAUGAUCGGCAGUUUGUCCAUGACCCUGAGCUUGGCUACUCCCUGCCUUGCGUGGCUGGCUGUCCUGACUCCUUGAUUAAAGAGCUCCAUCAUUUCAGGAUUCUAGGAGAAGAGCAGUAUAACCGGUACCAGCAGUAUGGUGCUGAAGAGUGUGUGCUGCAGAUGGGAGGUGUGCUGUGCCCUCGCCCUGGCUGUGGAGCAGGGCUGCUGCCUGAGCAGGGCCAGAAGAAAGUCACCUGUGAAGUGGUCAGCAGCCUAGGCUGUGGGUUCGUCUUUUGCCGGGACUGCAAGGAAGCGUACCACGAAGGAGAAUGCAGCACCCUGUGUGAAGCCUCGGGAGCAGGUUCUCAGGCCUACAAAGUAGAUGAGAGAGCUGCUGAACAAGCACGCUGGGAUGAGGCCUCCAAGGAAACCAUCAAGAAAACAACCAAGCCCUGCCCUCGCUGCAGUGUACCAAUUGAGAAAAACGGUGGAUGCAUGCACAUGAAGUGUCCACGGCCCCAGUGCAGGCUCGAGUGGUGCUGGACCUGCGGCUGCGAGUGGAACCGCACCUGCAUGGGUGACCACUGGUUCGAUGUGUAGCAGGCACAGUGGAGCACACAUUUGGCCACCUGUCCUAUUGAAAACACAGAGUGUCGUGUCUUCAUUUGCCCCUUCUCCUUCUCUCAAACAUUUAAUUUGUGCAUGCACACAUAUGCACAUGUACAAACUCAGGCUUCAAGUUCUUCCCAAAAAUCACAAAAGCAAACUUACAGAAGCUCCUGGAUCCCUUUCACUGCAUCCAUGAAAAACAGCAAAGUCAAGUCUGAUUCCAGCAAGAUGCAUUUUCAGGCCCAUGAUCAUGCAAGUACCACUGCACAAAAUAGAGAGCAGCCCAUGUGUUUUGAAUGGAUAGUUUUCCUUGCCUGAAUUCAAGUCAGGCUGGUUCAGGAUAUGGAGCAAUUUCUCAGGUUUAAUUUCCUGCAUUUUCCCUUUAGCAAAUACUGUGCAGAAGACACUGGCAAGGUGGGAAGUAGUUUGAGAGGAUUCUCACCAGUGAUACUAUGAAAGAUUGACUGCUGUGAAUGCUCAGAACUAUGUUCAUGGCUGUCAGAGCAAUGUUCUUAUUUAAAUUUUCAGAGAGCAUCUCUGCACAAAGAGCCCCAGGCAAUAGUCAAGAAUAUUUGUUUACUACCAAGAAUUCUAUCUUGAUAAAUUGUGUCAAUGAAAUAGUGACUAUGCACAAAUCAGCUUGUCAACUAAGUGAAAAGUUACAAAAGUUAAUUUGAGUGUUGAAUAUUGAAAUUACAGAGAAGAAAGCAAAGUUUAAUGUACUUCCAUUCCAUUUAAUUAUUUGCAACUUUAUUAAGAAAUUGUUUUCAUGAAAAUAUUACAACAUCUAUAAUUUGAUUUUAAGUGUGUGUUUUACAGCUUGGGGAUUAAGCUUAUACAUUUAUAAUCAAUAUAAAUGUAAUGGAUAAAGUGCUAUAAAUGAGACAUUUUUAGGCGUGAUAUUCAUUGUUGACAAAAGUGCGGGUUAUUAAACAGAAUCUUUAAAGAGGAACAUUUCCAGAGCUAAGUAAAAAUACACUUGACCCUCUCCCGCAGGCACAGGUACCUUCUUCCCAAGGCUGCAGGGCCCUGCCCUCCCCACUACUACCUCCCAGAGUAUUUCUGCAAACAAAGCUUUUUGCAGAGGUCAGUAAACCCAAACUAGAAUAUUCCUCAGGUUAACAUACAUUGAAUUUGAGGGUGAUCAAAUUUUCAACUUUUUUUGAGACAUUUGCAACACAUCCCAAAAAAUGCAUUGGACACUGUGAAAUGCAUUUCUGCUGCACAGUGCACAGAUGAGAAAGUGUAACCAUUGCCUUUUGUUCUCACUAGCUGUGACUUCCUAGGACAAUGGUGAGUGUGCUGAGAUCAUGCUGUGUGUCACUGGCACAGGGAGUCCCUUCUGCAUCUGGAGACCUAGAAACUCUGAAAUUGGUACCAGCCUCCCCUUUUAGACUUGCCAGCACAGGUCCUGGCUGGUGAAGGGAUAACUUCAGGAAUGUUCCAGGUCAUGUUCCAAGGGCAUUUAUUUCUACUUUGCUAACCACCUCAGCUAAUCCAUGUAUCCAUGACUCCCGGCCAUCCAAGAAACAUUCUGCCCUCUUUUCCCCUCAUGGGUACCACACUGGGGUAAGACGGGUUUCUGUGGCUGCCACAUCACAACACCCUAAUGUAGCUUCAUCCUGUUAGAAAACUCAGCUGUUCCAAUAGAGCCCCAGGCUGUCAGACUGGUCCAGAAACUGAAAAAAUCAUACAGAAAUGAUAGGAUGUAGUUUCAGGAAAAGAAAAGGCACCAGACAAGAGCCCAGGUUUCACAAAGUACAGUGGAUGUGCAGAGCCUGACCCCAAUCAGGGCUUGAAUUUGUGCCACUGACAAUCUCUUGUUGCUGACCCAGUGUGGCUAAUCAGGUGACACCCUAUUGUCAGAUGGAGGGGCCACCUCACCACAUUUUGCAUGAGCCAUAGUGUGUUCUUAGUAAAGUGAUUUUUCAUAUGGCCUCCUUUUAAAUCUGCAUGGUGUGUUGGAUUUGUGAAGCCAAAACAAGGUUUGCUACUAUGAGUUUCUGGUACCACAGAAAUCCCUGGUGCUGUGUGGCUUCUGUCAUAAUCUUUUUCCUUUUGGUGAUGGCCUUUUCCUUCCUUCCUACUUUCUUUCCUUCCUUCCUCCCUUC